CGCGCUCACGUCCCGACGACGGUGGCGACGAGCGGCGUCAGAGCUUGAAGGGGGGGCCGGCGGCUUCUGGCGGGUGGCGGUGUUGGAGGCGAGAGCUUGCUUAGCACGUAACGCUUCUAUCCCAAGAGCCGACGGAGAGUGAGGGAACGAGGGCUGCUUUCGGGGGCUGCUGCCUUCUACUUACACAUCGUCGUGAGGAGCGCAGUCGGGACUCUCCUACAAGCCCUGCGGCUCCCUUUCCACACGCCUUGAGGCGGCGGCGGCGGCGGCGGCAACUGAGACAGCGUCUCACCUUCCCCCACCCCUUCCCCUGUCCCCCCUGCCCGAGAGGGCCCGGUCUGCGCCCCACCCCCGCCCGCUCGCUACGCCGCCGCCAUGUCGGCGCAGGCCCAGAUGCGCGCAAUGCUGGACCAGUUGAUGGGCACCUCCCGGGACGGUUCAAUGUAUCUAUGCCUGCCUACUUCAAUCUGCAAGGGAGUGUCAGAAAGGCCCCGCAUUCGCCGAGCCGAGAUACUACUCGUCAACGAAUCAAGUUCAGUGAUGACAGAGUAUGCAAGAGUCACCUUCUCAACUGUUGCCCCCACGAUGUCCUCUCUGGAACUCACACAGAAUGUAUCUUUUGGAAGAGAGGUGUUUGCCAGCCUUCAGCAAGAGAUUCUUACUUUGUUCAUACUAUGUCCUAGAAUGGAUCUUGGAGAAUGUCUGAAAGUUCAUGACCUGGCUUUAAGAGCAGAUUAUGAAAUUGCGUCCAAAGAACAAGAUUUUUUCUUUGAACUUGAUGCUAUGGAUCAUCUUCAGUCAUUCAUUGCAGAUUGUGAUAGAAGAACAGAAGUGGCUAAGAAAAGAUUAGCAGAAACUCAAGAAGAGAUCAGUGCUGAAGUGGCAGCAAAGGCAGAACGUGUUCACGAGUUAAAUGAAGAAAUUGGUAAGUUGUUGGCCAAGGUGGAACAACUAGGAGCUGAAGGAAAUGUGGAAGAAUCUCAGAAAGUAAUGGAUGAAGUAGAGAAAGCACGGGCAAAGAAAAGAGAAGCGGAGGAAGUUUAUCGGAAUUCUAUGCCAGCUUCCAGUUUCCAACAGCAGAAACUUCGAGUCUGUGAAGUCUGCUCUGCCUAUUUAGGUCUUCAUGAUAAUGAUAGACGACUGGCUGAUCAUUUUGGGGGUAAACUGCACCUGGGAUUUAUUGAAAUAAGAGAGAAGCUUGAAGAAUUAAAGAGAGUUGUAGCUGAAAAACAGGAGAAAAGAAAUCAGGAACGCCUGAAACGAAGAGAAGAAAGGGAGAGAGAAGAAAGAGAGAAGCUGAGGAGGUCUCGAUCACAUAGCAAGAACCCCAAAAGGUCCAGGUCCAGAGAGCAUCGCAGACAUCGGUCUCGCUCCAUGUCUCGGGAACGGAAGAGGAGAACUCGAUCCAAAUCUCGGGAGAAACGCCAUCGCCACCGAUCCCGCUCCAGCAGCCGCAGCCGCAGCCGCAGCCACCAGCGCAGUGGGCACAGUUCUAGAGACAGGAGCAGAGAGCGAUCCAGGAGGAGAUCCUCAAAAGAAAGAUUCAGAGACCAAGACUUAGCAUCACGUGACAGAGACAGGAAUUCAAGAGACAGAUCACCUCGUGACAGAGAUCGAAAAGAUAAGAAGCGGUCCUAUGAGAGCGCUAAUGGCAGAUCAGAAGACAGGAGGAGCUCUGAAGAGCGCGAAGCAGGGGAGAUAUAAUUAGCUGUGUACAUAUCCUCAAUCCUUAAGCUUCCUAUGGAGUUACAUACUAUUGUUUAGUUUACAGCUGUCGGGGGUAACAGUGAGCAGUUCCAGACUCCGAUCCAAAUAGGCUAGAUGCGCAGUAUCUAACUUGAUCUGAACUGAACUUGUUUCCCCGGUGAAGCCUAAAACUACAUCCAUAGUUUCUGGUGAACCUGUAAUGCGAUUCUGAAAGUACAGUUUUAUAUAAUAAGAUGCUGAUAUCUUUAUUCUUUCUAGUAGGAGUGAUAGUGAACGAAUUGUGUUGCUUGCCUUGGGAUUUUUUGAACAUUUGUAAAAUGCUGUCUUCCUUUCUAGUCCACAAACAACAGCUUUCAGAAUUUUUCUUUUUAAUUCUUCUUCCUCUGACUUUUGUAUCCCCUAAUACCUCCACCCUCUAAUUAUCAGAGAAAGGGGGAGCAGGGAAGCAAUAUAACUUCUGUUCUAAGGUUCUGUUCCCAAUUAUUACUAGCUGAUUACAGAGCAUUUAUACUGGAAAGUGUGCUGGAGAAAUUUAAAUACUGAGAGUUUUUGUUUUGUUUUACGGUGCCUAUUUAGAGUUGGAAGUUGAAAAGCUGUUGCAUUACCUACUUUGCUUUUUUUAUUGAAAUUUUGAAAUCAAACAUGUCUUGAUUUUUCUGUUCUAUUGAAUUGCUAUGUUCAGGAUGUUUUGGAAAGGGGGGUGGGGGCAGGGACUCUUUCAUAAGCACUUGUUUUAUUUUGUGUGUGUGGAGUAUAAAGGCUACAACCUUACUGUAAAAAUUAAUAAAAUGAAACAAUCACCACCACCAUCAUUAAACUGUAACUUGUCUAGUAAAUUGUCACUAGAACUA